AUGAGCGACCAUGUCGAAAAGCCCGACGCUAUGGGCAAAGAGUUCAUCGACGAUGAACUCACGCCCGAGGAGCGUCAGCAGGAGAUCGAGGCACGCGACCUGCAGAGCCAACAGUAUCUCAGCAACGAAUCAGCGUAUGAUCGGUUCGCAUACGCCCAGAUACCAGUGCACAUGAGGAGCCCACGCAUGCUAGUUAUCACGCUGGGUGUGUUCGCCGCGUUUAGCGGAAUGCUGAGUGGAUUAGACCAGUCUGUGAUCUCAGGCGCUCUUCCCGGUAUUCGCAAGCACUUCAUCGCGUCUGGCGAGUGGGCGAGCAUGGACGACCCGAAAAUGGCAACUGACAUUUCGCUGAUUUCUUCCCUCAUGCCGCUCGGCGCAAUGGCCGGCGCUCUCAUCAUGACGCCGCUGAAUUUCUACUUCGGACGACGCAACUCGAUCAUCAUCUCUUGUCUAUGGUACACACUGGGAGGAGGACUUUGUGCGGGAUCCCGUACUGUGCCAAUGCUGUUUGCCGGCCGAUUCAUUCUCGGAAUCGGUAUCGGAAUCGAAGGUGGCUGUGUCGGUAUCUAUAUUUCCGAGUGUGUCCCGCCUGCGGUGCGCGGAAACCUGGUGUCUGUGUACCAGCUGAUGAUCGCAUUCGGAGAGAUCAUCGGAUACGCGGCGGGUGGCGUAUUCUUUGACGUCAAGUCAGGCAGCUGGCGCUGGAUGCUGGGCUCAUCCCUCUUGUUCUCAACCAUUCUGCUGGUCGGCAUGUGCUUCCUGCCGGAAUCACCUCGUUGGCUGGUAUCUAAGGGCAAGUACGGCCGCGCGUGGCAGGUGUGGAAGUCUCUGCGCGAUAUGUCGGACCCGAAAAGUCUGGACGAGUACGUCGCGAUGGAAGUCACUGUCAAACAUGAUGUCGAGCGGUCCGCAGAUGAGCUCUGGUACCAGAGGUACCUGGAAGUGUGCAGACAGCCGCGCAACCGACGAGCGCUUGUCUACGCCACCGCGAUGAUCUUCUUCGGUCAGAUGACGGGUAUCAAUGCGGUCAUGUACAACAUGUCGAACUUGAUGUCCAAGAUGAACUUCAACGACCGCGAGUCAGUGCUGAUGUCGAUGGUUGGUGGUGGCGCGCUGUUCCUCGGAACGAUUCCUGCCGUGUUCACCAUGGAUAGGUUCGGCCGACGUGUGUGGGCACAAAACAUCCUGAUGUUCAUCGUCGGCCUGGCGCUGGUCGGAGUCGGCUACCUAUACACAAACAGUGGUAUCGAUUACUUCAAUGCCCACAGGUCAACUGCCUUGGGAUUGUUUUUCUCCGGCCUGGUGAUCUACAUGUCGUUCUUCGGAGCGUAUUCGUGCCUGACCUGGGUGGUCCCAGCCGAGAGCUUUGAUUUCAACACCCGCAGCCAAGGAAUGGCGAUUUGCUCUGCAUUCCUUUACUUGUGGUCGUUCAUCGUGACAUACAACUUCGAAGGUAUGCAGAAGGCCAUGACCUACACCGGCCUGACGAUCGGUUUCUUCGGCGGGCUGGCCGCGCUCGGCUUCUUUUACCAGCUGUUCUUCAUGCCUGAGACGAAAGACAAGACGCUGGAGGAGAUUGACGAGUUGUUUUUGAUGCCGACGAGCAAGCUGGUUGCACUGAACACCAGCAAUCUGAUCAAGCGCUGGCGAUGGAUUGCGGGCGGGAUGCGCAAGCCCGAGCAGAUUGACACCCACAAUCCGUGA